AUGCUUCUUAAUUUACUACGCAAGGUAAUUCCAGACGGAGAUAAUAGUAUACCAGAAAAGUGUUAUGAUGCAAAUAAGAUUGUUGGUGCUCUGGGUUUAGAUUACAAUAAGAUCGAUACUUCUCCCAAUGAUUGUGUCCUUUAUUAUAAGGAUAAUAAGAAACUUGAGGAAUGUCCAAAGUGUGGAGUGUCUCGAUGGAGAAAGAAUGCACGCACUUCAACACGAAAGUCAGAUGAGUCAGUGAAUCAGCAGAAGAAAAUUCCAGCGAAGGUGCUUCGACAUUUUCCCUUAGUGCCUCGGUUACAACGUCUGUAUAUGACAAAAAAUAUAGCAAAAGAUAUGCGGUGGCAUAAGGAAAGACGUGUAGAUGAUGGUAAAGUGAGACAUCCAGCAGAUGCAAAGGCAUGGAAGCAUGUGGAUCAGACUUUUCCCUCAUUUGCCACAGAGUGCAGGAAUGUCAGACUUGGGCUAUCUAGUGACGGAUUCAACCCGUUUGGCAUUAUGAGUUCGGGAUGGUCUACUUGGCCAGUUGUGUUAAUGCCCUAUAAUUUAUCACCUGGACUUUGUAUGAAGCAAUCAUAUAUGAUUCUUUCAUUAUUGAUACCAGGCAAACAUUCACCCGGUAAUGACAUAGAUGUGUUCAUGGAGCCGUUAAUUGAUGAGUUAAAACGUCUCUGGGAUGAAGGGGUCCCAACAUAUGAUGCAUUUUCUUGUGAGUCUUUUAAUCUCUGUGCUAUUCUUAUGUGGACGAUUAAUGAUUUUCCAGCUUAUGGUAAUCUCUCUAGUUGGUCUACGAAAGGGAAAUUCGCUUGUCCUGUAUGUGGUCCGAACUUCGAAGGCUUUUAUUUACAACACAGUCGAAAAAUGUGUUUGCCGACAGGAUGGACAAAAUUUAGUAUAUUCUUUCAGUUGCCUUACUGGCACAAGCUCAAACUCCGACACAAUUUAGAUGUAAUGCAUAUUGAAAAGAAUAUAUGUGAUAACUUAUUAUCCACACUCCUUCAAGAUGGUAAGAAAUCAAAGGACGAUUUAAGGGCUCGACAAGACUUGAAUGCGUUGAACAUCCGACAUGAUCUGCAAGCACAAGAAGUAGCCAAUGGAAAAUUUGAUUUGCCUUCAGCUCGUAUUACAAUGUCAAAAGUUGAGAUGCAGAGAUUCUGUGAGGUGCUUAAGUCAGUGAAGUCACCAGAUGGUUACUGCUCUAAUAUUUCAAAUAAUAUCCAAGUGAAAGAGCGAAAACUUUUAGGACUUAAGACUCAUGAUUAUCAUAUCCUUCUUCACCAAUUGCUUCCGGUAGCACUUCGUAACAACAUGGCCGAUGAAGAAGUAGCAAAAGUUAUAAUCGAAUUCUGUGGAUUUUUUAAAAAGUUAUGCUCAAAAGUUAUCAAUAUUGAUGAAUUUAAGGCACUAAAAGGAGAAAUGAAUGAAACCCUCUGCAAAAUGGAGAUAUUCUUCCCUCCAUCAUUUUUUACGGUCAUGGUCCAUCUCACACAUCAUCUUGUAGAUGAGGCAUUACUCGGAGGACCAGUUAACUAUCGUUGGAUGUAUCCCAUGGAGAGAUAUUUGGGUUUCUUGAAACGCAUAAUGCAAAAUCGGGCUCAUCCUGAAGGAUCGAUUGCUGAUCAUUACGUGGCAAAUGAAUGUAUGAUGUUCACCUCUCGAUAUAUACAUGGUGUACAUACAAAAAAUAAGGAGAUAAAUAGUAAUAGAGAUGGCACCUUUCAUGGAAGUACCAAGAUGAACAAAGACUAUUCCAGAAUUGACUUGAAUCAGGCUCAUGCCUUCUUAUUGCAGAACCUGGAAAUCUUUGAAGAUUAUCGCAAACGACAUUUGGAGGAGUUACAUUUAGAAAUUACUGGUAGAAAGACAAAAAUGUGCUGGUUUGCCAGUGUCAGAAGAGAUAAGUAUUCACUCACAUGGACCGCACUACACAGUUAA